AACACAUACACACAGCUGAAGGACACAGAGGACAGAAAGGAGCAACUGCGUAAUAGAGGGUGUAUACAUGUGUAGGCUGUAGAUCUAAGAAGGGGAAGAAGUAGCAGGUCCCAACAUGGCAGAGGCUCACCAAGCGGUAGCCUUUCAGUUCACUGUUACUCCCGAUGGAAUUGAUCUUCAAUUGGGUCGCGAUGCUCUGCGACAUCUGUACCUCACUGGACUGGUAGAAAUAAGAAAACGUCUAAUCAGACUCAAGAGUUCCGUGUUAAGUGGUGUGUAUCCUGCCAGCCCGUCCACGUGGUUUGCUGUGGUGGCCGUUACUCUUGGGUCCCUAUACGGAAAAGUGGAUCUGUCUGUUGGACUCAUUGCCAAAAUCACAAAUGUUCUCCCAGGAAAAUCUGCACUAUCACCCGUGUCCCGCACUGUCCUUAGUGCUGUUCUCUUCUCAUCGGGAGUUUGGAUCUCUGGUAUUCUUUUCUAUCGUCAAACUCUGCGCAUUCUUCUUUCAUAUCAUGGGUGGAUGUUUGAGCCACGAGGGAAAACGAGUAUAAAAACGAAAGCAUGGGCAGGUUGCAUGAAGAUCAUGUCCAAGAGGCAGCCAAUGCUCUACAGUUUCCAAAUGUCUCUUCCAAAGCUUCCAGUGCCACCCCUUGAGGACACGAUAGAGAGGUACCUACAGUCUGUACAGCCUUUGCUUGACGAGGAAAAGUUCAAUCGAAUGAAGGUAUUGGCUGAGGAAUUCAAGAGUGAUCUGGGACGCAAAUUACAGAAAUAUCUACACCUCAAGUCCUGGUGGUCAUCAAAUUAUGUUAGUGACUGGUGGGAGGAAUAUAUCUACCUUCGAAGUCGGAGCCCGAUUAUGGUAAACAGCAACUACUAUGCAAUGGAUUUCCUAAAUAUAAUCCCAACUUCCAAACAGGCUGCAAGGGCAGGAAAUGCUAUCCAUUCAAUGUUGCUCUACCGUCGAAAAUUAGAGAGAGGGUUGAUACCUCCGGUCAUGGCUCUUGGUAUUGUCCCCAUGUGCUCCUAUCAGAUGGAGAGAAUGUUUAAUACUACGAGAAUUCCAGGGUCAGAAACUGAUCGCCUCCAGCACCUGGUUGAGAGUCGCCAUGUGUGUGUGUACCACAAAGGACGCUUUUACAGACUGUGUCUGUAUGAAGAUGGUGACUUACUCAGUCCGCGUGCACUCCAGCGGCAGAUUCAGCGUAUACUUGAUGACCCUAGCCCACCCCAGAUUGGAGAGGAAAAGCUGGCAGCACUGACAGCAGGGGACAGGGUAACUUGGGCCAAAGCACGCACUAACUUCUUCUCUCAUGGAAUGAACCGGGUGUCUCUGAGUUGUGUGGAACGUGGUAUCUUCUUUGUAAGUCUGGACACAGAAGAAGGAGGACAUAGGGACAGCGAUAAGGAUUCUCUAAGUGUCUAUGCCAAAUCCCUGUUACAUGGAAAUUGCUACAACAGGUGGUUUGAUAAGUCCUUCACUUUGGUUGUGUACAGAAAUGGGAAAUUGGGUCUGAAUGCUGAGCAUUCCUGGGCUGAUGCACCUAUCGUUGGACAUUUAUGGGAGUUCAUGUUGGCCACUGACUGUUUUGAGCUGGGAUACACUGAGAAAGGGGAUUGCCAUGGUGAUCCUGGCUUGGACCUUCCCGCUCCAUACAGACUAUUGUGGGAUAUUCCACCAAUGUGCCGUGAAGUCAUUGAACAGUCUUACCUGACAGCCAAGACGUUAGCAGACGACGUGGAUUUUGUCUGCGUCCGUUUCACAGACUUUGGAAAAGGUCUGAUCAAAAAAUGCCGGAGUAGUCCUGAUGCUUUCUUCCAGAUAGCACUUCAGCUGGCUCAUUACAGGGAAAAGGGUCACUUCUGCCUCACGUAUGAGGCAUCCAUGACACGUUUGUUCCGUGAAGGCCGCACAGAGACUGUGAGAGCAUGUACCAAGCAGUCCUGUGACUUUGUGAAAGCAAUGUUGGAUCCUAACGAAACCAAGAAAAAUCGUUCGGUUCUGUAUCGUAAUGCCGCUGACCAUCACCAGCUCAUGUACCGUUUGGCUAUGACAGGAAAGGGGAUUGACCGCCAUCUCUUCUGUCUAUACAUUGUAUCAAAGUAUCUAGGAACCGAUUCUCCCUUUCUUCAGCAGGUACUUUCUGAACCCUGGCGUCUCUCUACGUCACAGACUCCACAGCAGCAGUUAAAGCUAUUUGAUUUGGAGAAGUUUCCAGAUCAUGUCUCCGCAGGUGGUGGCUUUGGACCAGUAGCUGAUGAUGGUUAUGGUGUUUCUUACAUCUUUGCAGGAGAAAAUCUCAUCACACUUCAUAUUUCCAGCAAGAUGUCCAGUCCAGAAACGAAUUCUCACCGUUUUGGGCAACGAAUCUGCCAGUCCAUGCGUGAUUUGGCCCAGCUUCUUACUGACCCUCUUCGGGGCUGACGUUCCUUCCCACUUACUGCUGGGAGAUCAUAUGAUUCAUCACACGACAUUUUACUUUCUGUGCACUCAAAGCGUGAUAUACUUGUCAUACACUGUAAUCAUAAAUGUUUAUUGUCUACUGAAUGAUGGCAAUGGGAUCCUUUUGACAAACAAUGACAUAGGAAAACCACCCA